CCCUUUUUCUCUCUCCUCUCUGCUUUUCUCCAUUUGUCACUCACCUUGUGAGUGUUGCCUUCGGAUCUUCGUGUUCUGUCUCUGUUCGCUCGGAUCUUCUUCCAGAAGCUACGGUUAGGAUCUCAAUUUCAAUCCACAUCACAUAAUUCCGACAUUUUCCCCGUUUCGUCUCUGGUUUUUAGUUUCACUUACAGCUUGUUCUUCCGUGCGCGUUAGCUUCUGCUCUGCUAUUGGACAAUCUCUCAAAAGCUUUAAUUCUGCUUGCAAUCUCGUAGAUUAGGGAUCGAUUUUAGGUAUUCGACUCAUUUCAUAGCUCAUUGAGUAGCUUUGGUUGAGAAUUCAGCUCUAAUUGAGUUUCUCUGCUUGCUUAAGAAGUCGUCGUUAAAGGAAAAUUGCUGCUUCAAUAUUGAUAUCUUGAUAUUACAUAACACUAGUACAAGGGAUGAGUCGAAUGAUCAAUGAGAUUGAAGACGGGGAACUCCCCUGUGAUCAGAAUGGGCCACAGUUGAAUGAUGAGUGUAAUGGAGGAAGUGCCAGUGCUGUUAUUCUGAAGAAAGGUCCAUGGACAUCUGCUGAAGAUGCUAUCUUGGUGGACUAUGUUAAGAAGCAUGGGGAAGGGAACUGGAAUGCUGUUCAGAAGCACUCAGGUCUGUCCCGAUGCGGCAAAAGCUGCCGACUGCGGUGGGCAAAUCACCUAAGGCCAAAUUUAAAGAAAGGAGCUUUUACUCCAGAAGAAGAGCGGUUGAUUGCUGAACUCCAUGCCAAGAUGGGAAACAAAUGGGCACGGAUGGCUGCACAUCUGCCUGGUCGUACUGAUAAUGAGAUAAAGAACUACUGGAAUACUCGUAUAAAGCGGCGUCAGCGGGCUGGCUUGCCUCUAUAUCCUCCUGAAGUGUGUUUGCAAGAAUCAAAAGAGAGUCAACAAGGCCGAAGCACUGCUGGAAAAAUUGGAGAUAGCGGACAUAAUGAUUUUCUGCAGGAAAACAGUUAUCAGAAACAUGAUACUCUAUUUGGCAGUCUGAAUGCAAAUCAGGGAGGCUUUCCUUAUUUGCCAGAGAUUCCUGACAUUUCUGCUGAUAAUAUCCUGCUGAAAGGUCUUGGUUCUUCCCAGCAUUGUAAUUUUAUGCCAUCAACAUUACCUUACCUUAAGCGCUUUCAUGAUUCAACAAUGCCAUUCCUUAGUUCAUCUGAUGUGGCCAGAAAUGGGUUUUAUCCUUUACACCAUAUUCAAGAUUAUACUUAUGAUAAGAUUGUGCAAUCAAUUGGAUACCAUUCUCCCCUUGAUCCUGGCCCCUCUUCACAGAACUCACUGUGUUACAGCCAUUCGCUUUCAAAUGGCAAUUCCUCUACUUCAAAGCCAACUUUUGAGGCUUUGAAGCUGGAGCUCCCUUCACUCCAAUAUCCAGAAACUGAUUUAGGCAGCUGGGGCGCAUCUCCUCCGCCUUCUUUGCUAGAGCCAGCUGAUGUUUUCACAGGUACUCCCCUGCCAACUAGUUUACUGGAGUCAGAUUCUUCUUCACCGUAUAACAGUGGCCUCCUGGAAGCUUUACUUCAUCAGUCCAAGAAUCUGAGCCGUUCAAAGAACCAUUGCUCUGACAAGAGUUCAAAUUCAUCCACUGCUACCCCUGGUGAGAGAGCCGACAGUUCCACUUUGUAUGUGUAUGAGACAGAAUGUGAAGAUUAUGCAGACUGUGUUUCUCCAUUUGGUGCAACUUCAAUAUUGAAUGAAUGUCUUGCUGUUAGUGCCAACGGAAAUUCAUUUGAUGAACUGCAACCACAGACCUUAAAUGAAAAGGCUCUGAAAUCAGAAUCUGCUUACCAGGCUUUGACCCCCAAUAGUGAAGAUCAAGACAUGUCGAUGUUGAAUAUUCCCCAACCAGACGCUUUGCUUGCUUCAGAUUGGUAUGAGCAAGCCCCUGCAUUAAUCAAUAACCAUGCCGACACGAACGAUUCCAUAGCAACCCUCAUCAGUGGUGAUGAUGUAGCCACCGACUACAACUACAUAUCUGCGGAAAUCUCAUCACCUAGUCAAGUAUGGGGUUUGGAUUCUUGCACUUGGAAUAACAUGCCUGGUGUUUGCCAAAUGUCUGAUCUUCCGUAAGAUUUGUCCGGAUCGAAACCCGCAGUUGAUUACAUAUCAUUGAGUUUUAAACAUAGUCAGUCAGUCCGGUCUUGGUGUCUCCUGAUUCAGAAAGAUGGUAGAAUGAAUGUGAUUUAUUGCAUUGGAUUCUUAGGUUAAGGGACCUGUGCAUUGAUAAUACAUUUGCUUGUGGCUUCAUGAAUUCUCAUUGUAUUGCGUGUAAUUGUAUACUGGCAUGAAACGAAACUCUUGGUUGAACUCAAAAAUUGUUUUGGAAGCAUUUGACUGAGUAAUUUGUAAAAUAACAUUGAACAUGAAAUGUUGGUGUAUUGCUUCU